ACAUGUUCCACUGACAGAACAACAACAGAACAUAAAAUAAACUUUGUAAUAAGAACCCAGAAACCAAAAAAAGGAGCUUACUUUAUAGAAGAUUAUGGAUUCAGUGACAUCCUUCAAAGGAUAUGGAAAAGUAGACGAAGCUCAAGAUCUAGCGUUAAAGAAAAAGACAAGAAAACGUCUGAUUCUCCUAACCGUCUCCGGCGUAAUCCUCGUCGCGGUGAUAAUCGCCGCCGUGGUCGGUACCGUGGUCCACAGCAAAAACAAGAACUCAUCCGAGCCAACACCGAGUUCACCCCCCGAGUUAACACCAUCCACAUCGCUUAAAACCAUUUGCAGCGUGACACGUUUCCCCGAAUCUUGCUUCAACAGUAUCUCAAAGCUUCCAUCUUCCAACACAACAGAUCCAGAGGUUCUGUUCAAGCUCUCGUUAAAGGUAAUCAUAGACGAGCUCGAUUCGAUUUCCGAUUUACCGGAAAAGCUAUCGACGGAGACGGAGGACGAGAGGAUCAAAUCCGCGUUAAGGGUAUGUGGGAAUCUGAUCGAAGACGCGUUAGAUCGGCUCAACGACACCGUCUCGUCAAUGGACGCGUCUAAGGACGGGAGCAAGAAGACUCUAAACUCGUCGAGAAUCAACGAUCUCAAGACUUGGCUUAGCGCAACCGUGACGGAUCACGAGACGUGUUUCGACGCGAUAGACGAGUUAGCUACGAACAAGACGGAGUACGGGAACUCGACGAUCACGAAGCAGCUCAAGUCCGCGAUGAGCAGCUCCACCGAGUUCGCAAGCAACAGCCUCGCAAUCGUGUCGAAGAUCCUCGCCGCGAUAAGCGACUUCGGGAUUCCGAUUCACGGAAGGAGACGGCUUUUGAUGAGUCAGCAGACCCCGGAGUGGGCGCGGCGGAGGCUGUUACAGACGGAGGGUCUGAAGCCUGAUGUGACGGUAGCGGCUGAUGGAAGCGGAGAUGUGAUGACGGUGAACGAAGCGGUGGCGAUGGUGCCGAAGAAGAGCUUGAAGGUGUUUGUGAUCUAUGUGAAAGCUGGGAGGUACGUUGAGAAUGUUGUGAUGGAUAAGGGUAAGUGGAAUGUUAUGAUCUACGGCGACGGGAAAGAUAAAACAAUUAUCGCCGGCGGGAAGAACUUUAUCGACGGGACUCCGACUUAUGAAACGGCGACGUUUGCUAUACAAGGCAAAGGAUUUAUAAUGAAGGACAUCGCAAUCAUAAACACCUCCGGAGCAGCGAAGCACCAGGCGGUGGCGUUCCGAUCAGGCUCCGACUUCUCCGUUUAUUACCAAUGCUCAUUCGACGGUUUCCAAGACACGCUCUACCCUCACUCCAACCGCCAGUUCUACCGCAACUGUGAUGUCACCGGCACCAUCGACUUCAUCUUCGGAAGCGCCGCUGUGGUUUUCCAAGACUGCAAGAUCAUGCCACGUCAGCCUCUCGGGAACCAGUUCAACACCAUAACGGCUCAGGGGAAGAAAGAUCCGAACCAGAACUCUGGCAUGUCGAUCCAGCGAUGCACUAUCUCAGCCAACGGGAAUGUGACCGCUCCGACGUAUCUUGGCCGACCGUGGAAGGAUUUUUCUACGACGGUGAUUAUGGAGACGGAGAUUGGACCGGUGGUUAAAGCUACCGGGUGGAUGUCGUGGGUUGACGGCGUUGAUCCGCCUCCGAGUAUUGUGUACGGUGAGUACAAGAAUACGGGUCCUGGUUCGGAUGUGGCAAUGAGAGUUAAAUGGGCUGGGUAUAAAGCGGUUAUGACGGCGGAUGAGGCAGCUAAGUUUACGGUGGCAACGCUUUUACAUGGCGGUGAUUGGAUACCGGCGACGGGAGUGACCCAUCAGCUAUCUUGAUUUUAGUGAGAUUAUGGAUUUUACUUGGAUUUAUAGAUUUUGUUUUAUAUGAGAACAUCCGGUUUCGUUCUACUUUUUUAAUUAUGGUCUGUAUUUGUACUUUGUGACUUUGUGAUAUGAGAUAAUAGUUGAAGUUUUAUAA